AUGAUUACUCAUCUUACAGGCACGCUACCGACAGGAGGAAUCAUGCCAAAUGGCCACCUCAAAUACACCAAAAGAUAUACACAUCAGUAUAUUAAGAUGUAUUAUACGCGAUACUUGAGCGUGUUUUCCGGAUUGCAAGGUAAUGAACAAGGCUCCCCGGGAAAGAAUGGCGCGAGGCUGCUCUUCAGCUUCAAGGAUACACAAAAUCAAACAAAAUGGAUUUGUUCCUAUAGGCAAAAGACGUCAAAAUGGAAAGUACCGAAUUAUCUACAGUACUGUGGAAUUCUGUUGCUGGGAGACCACGAUGAAGCUAAAAUAGACGAUUUGGUGCCAACAGAUAUGCUACAGCAAACUUUUCAUGUUUUCAAGUGGGAAUGUAAACCUGAUAAUAGCUCAUUGCAAGAAUCGAUACGAUACUUUACCGCAACUCACAACAGCGGGGAGUUGAAACUGACACAGGCACAAAUAGAUGAUAUUAUAUGGGUUCAGGACGAGAUCGCCGAAGUUGAGCGUAGAGGGUAUAACCUAGUUGCAACAUCGCUCUUUUUAACCCUGCCACUGCAACUGGCGGGGCCUUUAGAACUCCACCAUGAUUUAUUAGGAUUAAAGCAAACGGAACAAUUGCCAUCGCCAUUGCAAUCGGCAGUUUCAGGAUUUCUCGGGGAACAUUUGUUGCAAUUUCUAACACUAGAUAACGAAGCGUUAUCUAUGGGCCUGAACGAUGUAACUGUUAAUAGUGCAACAACAAACGAUCUGGAUUAUGGAUAUGCACACCUCGCCUUCGGUAACACCAACUGUUACAAGAAACAUGCAGUUAUAUACAACGAGGUACAAGAGGGAGAUUUGCCGGAUGAUAUAGCUGAUAUCCAGGUAGUGCUGCAGACUACAUGCGUAGUGUCAGCAGAACACGUUGGCGAUGAACCUACCGGUGAAUUAGCUGACGCAGCACUACAGGCACUGCGACAUACAAUCCAGCGUUCAUUUGCGUCAGACUCACAACGCAAUAGUACCAAGGUUUGCAUAACACCGGCGAUUAAAAGGGUAGAAAAGGAUGAAUCAGCUAGCAACAAGACAUCAAAAGGUCAACCAAAAGGCAAGAGUGGUUCAAAGGGAAGCAGCAAAGGCAAAACAAUGACACAGCGGAAUAAGAAGCCCGAGCCCAAGAAACAAAGUGCUUUCGAAGAGGCAGCCGUGAUAGAAUUACUUAAGAAUGUAGGACCCUUCCAAAUUGCUGUUUCAGCAUUCAAGCGUGACGUCUACUUGACGACAACGUUUGACAAGGCCUCUGGGAAACUUGAUAUUUCUAUCGGUGCUGGGAAUGACAACAAAAGUAUCGAAAAGGUUAGGGUGAAUAUCAUAAGCAAGAUGUUCAUACCUAACUCGGAUAAAAACAAUCCCGUGAUCCCAUUCGGCGGUGCAACAUUGAACAUUUUUGAUCUGUUACAAAUAACGGGGGAUGACGUGGCGGAAUGUGUUAACAUCGAGCACCCAGCUACACAUCUGAAACUCCUAUUGAAUGUGAAAUCACUAGUGGACCAAAAUAUACUUAUAUCGUGUGGUAAAAACGACAGUGGUUGGGGUUGUUGUUACAGGUCUAUCCAAAUGGCCGUGAGCUGGUAUAUUAUGCAAUAUCGCACUGUUAGACCUGUACCUACUCACGAAGAAAUUCAAAGGUAUCUGCAAGAAAAGGACCCUUCGCACGCAACCAUGGUCGUCGGAAGUACUACGUGGAUCGGUACUGUUGAGGCAGGGUAUUUUAUCAAUUGGUACCUGAACUACGAUGUCAAGACCUUCUAUCUAAGUGAUGUCACAGAGUUCAGGAACUAUAACGGACUCAUCGCAAAACAUUUCGCAACUAUAGGAUCGCCCAUCAUAAUGGGAGCGGGAAUGUUCGCUUACGUGAUCUUGGGUAUAUGCAUAGGUUCCAAUGCGGGCGAUGUAGCCUACCUUAUCGCGGACCCGCAUUACGUAGGCGAAGAUAAUGUGAAACAGAUACAGACCAAGGGUGCGGUAGCCUGGAAAAAAAUUGACUUUAUCACCAAGGCUGCAAGUGGUAGUUUCAUCAACCUAUGUUGUCCACAGUUGGAUGCAUACGACGAUCAACUAAGUUUACACACCACCGACGCGGCAGAAGGUGGAAAUGUGGCCUCAAAAUAUGAUCUAAUGAACGAUCUGAUGAGCUUGGGAGUCCACAGACUGUGGAAGGAUGUUUUCGUCAAGGAGACUAUAUCGUCAUUCAAUGCUAUAAAUAAGAAUCUUGCUAAAGCUGCGUUUGAAGGCAAAACGGACGAUUCUCAAGCAGUUAUCAAGAUGCUAGACGUCGCUGGAGGUACUGGCGAUAUUUCCUUUCGUAUAAUGGAAAGGGCACGAGAAUUGCGUAUCAAAGACUCUAGCGGAUUCGUGCUACACGCACCAAACAUUAAGGUCAAGCCAGAAAUCACUGUACUAGACCCGUCAAUUGAGAUGACAGAUGUCGGCAAGAAUUAUGCUAGGGACUUGGGAUUGUCAGACGCCAUUAAGUGGGUGAAUGCACCGGCGGAGCAUAUGCCACUUCCUGAUGAUACUUAUGACAUUAUCACUGUGGCUUUCGGCUUGAGGAACUUCAGCGAUAGGGAACAGGGACUGCGUGAAUGUUACAGGGUCCUGAAGCCUGGUGGUAGGCUUAUGAUACUGGAGUUCAGCCAUUGUGAGAAUAAUCUUUUAGCAGCACUUUAUGACAAAUACGCAGAUUUUGUCAUACCAACCCUCGGACACUAUGUUGCAAACGAUAGAAAAGCUUAUCAAUACCUCAUCGACUCUAUAAGGAGUUUCCCCACUCAGGAGGAACUUGCAGACAUGCUCACCAAAUUGAAUUACACUCUUGUAGCAUAUCGCAACCUUACCGGAGGCAUAGUAGCCAUACAUUCGGCUUUUAAACCACAGUGA